UUUCGCUUUGCCUUCCUGGCAACAGCAGCUGUGCGUGGUAGGGUUUGUCCGUCGCGUCAAAGGCAGGGACAGCUGAGCCCCUAUACGAAUCCUUGAGAGCCUGGGAGUGGGCGUUUCACUUUUCCUGCGACUGGGGAGUCCCUCAGGCUCUGCCCUUUGACCUUUGACAUGUGUGCAGCUUCUGCUUCUCCAGAUAUGGAAAACAUGGAUAAAAGAGACCGACCAUUCAUGACAGUUCAGAAAAAUCAUACCUCAGAUAAUCUGGUAUUUCGUAUGAAAAAUGAAAUGAGAAGCACCAAGUAUAAACCAGUAGACUAUCAACAAUUGCAUGCAUUAACCGAAGCAAAAAAAUUAGCUUCUGCCUCUACGGAGCUAAAGAUCAGAAAAGCAGUGCAGACUUCAAAGAUAUCUAAAGAGCAGACACUAAUAAAGCAACACAAGCAAGUGUGGUGGCAAGAACACCAAAGGCUAAAUGAAGUCAGAUGUAAAAUGGAAUCUGAAAUAAAAUCCUUACUCAAUGAAGAGAACAUUGGAAAAGAAUGUCUUUCUGACCUUAUGAAUUUCGAACAAGAGUUAUCAGAACAAUGGUGCACAUAUCUUAAAAAUGUAAUAAAUCCUAUUCAGCAAUUGAGAGCAGAUCUAAAAUACAGACAGCAUCACAUUUCACAGCAUUCACACUCGCACAGUGAAUCUAACUCUGUGAAAGUACUGGAAGAGGGCUUUGCUGAAAGCUUUCAGGGAGUUUGGGUUUUUCUAAGGCACGAGCCACCCGUCUCCUGGCAUGGCCCUGUGGUAAACCUUUCUUUGCGCCAAACUCUGACAUUUUGGUAUUGUUUGGCCUCGCUGUACGUCGAGCACACGGUAACACUCCCUGUUGACUUCGUGAAGAAACAAUUGAAAGCCGUCUAUGAAAGACUUAGGCUAGAGCAACAGAAAAUAGAAAAUUAUCUUUCAGACUGGAGUUUGAAAACACUUGAUCAUUCUUCAGAAGAAAGAAGUAACCUGCUUAGUGAAAUGCCCGUGGAAUUAGAAACUUUGGAAUGUCCAUAUCCUGACUUGAAGUCUUCAAUCCUUAAUGAAUUCUGUAACUUUACAGAGAAAUAUCAAAAGAAACUUCAAGAUUUUGAUAUGCAGUUAAAAGAUAUAUACAGAAACUUCCAAUUAACUGAUGAAGACCACUGGUUUUACCAGGCUCUUGUGGAUCAGUAUCCUGGGGAUCUCAGUGGCAGAAGGACUCUGUAUCUGGACAUGUUACAAAGACAUUUUCCUCACAAAUCGAGGCAUGAUUUGGUCGAACAUGAAAAAUAUUGUGACCAAUAUCGCUUUGCUAAGGAGCAGCGAAGGAUCCUGAUAUCAAGUUGGAGUAAGAAUAGGAGAGACUUUAUACAGAAGGCUGUGCUGACAGUGGCCGAGGCCUGUGCAACUCAUGAAAUGGAAAACAUGUUGGUUAAGGACAGGAAAAAGCAACAGGAGGUGUGUGCUGAUCUGCAAGCCAAGGUUCUUCAGUGGCGAGCCCACCAGGAAGAGGUAGCAAGACUGGAAAUGGAAAUUUCUGCCAGAAGAAGAGAAAAGGAAGAGGAGAAAGAGAAACUGUGGAAGAAGAAGGAAUUGUUACAAAGAAAAGAGAAGAAAAAAAAAAUAAGAAAAUACUGGGCUAAAAAAGAGCAGAAAUGGCAAGAAAUGGAAAUGAGAGAUCUUCAUCGUCUGGAAGAACUGAAGAAAUUAAUGGCUGAACAGUCAGUAAAAGACAGAGAAAGGGUUAAAUACAGACAGGAAUUAUUGGAAAAGCGUUUGAUGGAGAAAAAAGAAGUGACCCUUCAAGAAGCACUUGAAGAAGCAGAGAGAGAGAAGCGAAUAGAAGCCCUAAGGAAACAGGUUGCUAUUGUUGCUCAGUUUGAUCCUGUUAGAAUGAUGUCAGACACAAUGGCAUCAAAAGCGAGGAUGGGUAUUGGAAUCGAAGAAGAAUUUAUUCUUCAAAAGCCACUCUUCACAUUGAAUACAUACAAUGAACAGCAGGGUGCUGGAACAUGUAGCUUGGAGGCAAGCAAUGGAGACCAUUUAUCUGUCUUUUACUCAAGCUUUCAAUUCUAUCAUACAUGGGAUGCCCAUCAGCCAGCCAAGAAAGUGUAAGUUGAACACCAUGUUUUUCAAGCUGCAAGUCCUGGAGAGUUCCAGGAGAAUUUUAAAUACAAGCAUAC